UGUCAUGUUGGUAAUUGUGAUUACAAAAUGUGUAUUGGUGUAGAUUAUCAAUGAAGUGAUGUAUAUAAAAGUUGGGUUGGUACAUUUCGUGUGUUAAUUGGACCCCCCGUUUUACAAUUAUAGUACAGCUUCAGAUUACAGCGGUCUAUUACUGUGUGUGAGAGCCUGUAAAUAAAUCAGAAUGGGAGAACGAAAAGGUACCAAUCACUAUUACCCACCUGACUAUGACCCCAAGAAAGGUGGCCUCAACAAGUUCUUGGGAACCCAUGCCCUCAGGGAACGUGCUAAAAAAAUUGGUAUGGGUAUACUUAUCAUUCGCUUUGAAAUGCCAUUCAACAUUUGGUGCAAUGGGUGUGGAAAUCACAUUGGCAUGGGUGUUCGUUAUAAUGCUGAGAAGAAGAGAAUUGGUGAGUACAUCACUACCCCAAUAUGGAGCUUCAGAAUGAGAUGUCAUCUUUGUCCAAACUAUAUUGAAAUAAAAACUGAGCCAAAGACAAGUGAAUAUAUAAUCGUGUCAGGUGCACGACGGCAAGAGAACCGUUGGGACCCAAAAGAGAAUGAGCAAGUUGUACCUGAGGAUAAGAAUACAUCAAAGCGGUUGUAUGAUGAUGCAAUGUUCAAAUUGGAACAUGGUUAUACAGAUAAAAGUCAAGCAGGUGCUAUGCAGCCAACUCUCGCUAAGUUAACAGCAAAGCGACAGAAAGUCUGGCAAGAUGACUAUGCAGCCAACUGUGUGCUUAGACAGCAGUUCAGGGAAAGGAGCAAAGAGCUAAAAGCAAGGGAUGCUAAAGAUGCAGCUCUACUUCAGAAAUCAAGUCUGCAGAUAAAUCUUUUGCCAGAGACAAAGGAAGAUAGGAUAAAGGCAGCACAACUCUACAUCCAAGCAAAGAAGACUCCUAACAAACAGAAGGAAUUCAGUGAUGCAUCACUGAGUUGCUUUGAUGAAUCCAGCAGGGGACCAAAUAUUGAUAAAGAGUCUGCAGAAAACAAUCUCAGAAAGUUUACUAUUUUGGGUAGUGUGCGACUAAAGUCACUUGAUAACAAAGUUUCUGAAUGCAAAGACACUUGUAUUUUUGACAGCGGUGAUGUUACAACAUGUCCAUCAAAGAUGGACAGAGGGAUUGCUACUAGUGAUGUGAUUAUUGACACUUCCACAUGUUACAAGACAUCUAGUGAGAAUUCAGAAUUAGGAAGCAGGAAUAUUCAAGCUGUUGAUAGUUCAUUAAAUACUGAUAAUGCCACCAGACUCAAAAUGGACAAUAGUGAUCCCACAUCCACGAAAGGAUCUCCGGACAGUCUUUUCCUCAACUCAGAUACACACAUUUCUUCAAGUAAUAUUUCGUUGGUUUCUCAUGAUUAUAACUUUUCCUGUUCAGAUGAGAGCAGCUCUUGAUAAACAAAUAUAGCCCCAUAUGUGUCUUGCUGAAACAGCUACCUGGAAUUCCAAGGAAAGUUGUGUAUGUUUAUUGUUGCUUUGUCAGGAACUGGUUUGUGGUACAGUAUUUUAAGAGUUACUGACUGUUUAAUAUAAAUAUGCACAUGAGACAAAAGUAUAAUGAAUUACUUUACACGAUCAUGGAAGACCACAUGGAAGCAAAAAGAUAUUAUUCUACAUAGAUUCCUCAUUUCCAUGAAUUAGAUAUGAUCAUAAUUUUAAAUUAAUUAUCAUUAAGUGUGCCAGGGAGACUAAUGAUUUCAAGGAAUGGAAAUACAGCAUUUCUGAGGCAUUUGCAAUGUUGGAGUACAUUCAAAGGUAAAUAUAUUAUUUUGCCAUUGUGAGUUCAUAACAAAUACUGAAAUUUGCAAAUAAAUAAUAGACCUUUCUUCCUUCUAAGACGUGCACUUUAAGUGGGACAUCUGAUAACCAAGCCUCUCCAUUUGUCUAUGCCUUCCAGCAGCUCCUCUUCUUGAAUUUCUUCCUUCCUUUCAUCUGUAUGACAUCUUUCCUAGUCUACUGUUUCUGGGUUGCUUGCUGUCUCCCUCUGGAGGCAACAUGGCACAGCAACCCAGAAGACAGCCAUCUUUCCUCUUGGUUGUUUUGAUUUAACUUCCAUGUUUAAAGCAUUCUUUUGUCUUUAUAUUCACUACAGUUUCUUUGCUUAUUAUUCUAUCUCUUGAUUUCUAGGUGUUCUUCACAUUUUUCUUGCGGGUACUCAACCUACAUGGCCUGGUAUGACAUUAAUGCAAUAAUGACUGAAGAUGCAACAGUGAGCUCAAAUCACAUUGAUGCAAUACUGACGUAUGUGAUAUGGUGUGAAUGACACCUUUGCAGUGUUGGUGUCCAUACCUUUCCAAUCUUGUACCUACUAUACGUUAGUAAUAUAUACCCUAGUACAUGUCUAAGUUUCUUCUCCUUGUGUUAAAAUGUGUGUUGUAACUUUGAGAUAGGCAUAUUGUCCCCUUCUUAGGUAUUUCGAGUUCCCAGAGUAUGUCUCUCACUAAUUCAUUGUCCUGCAUUUUUACACUUUCUGUAAUUUCUUCUUUAACAUUUCCAUCUAUCACUGUUUUACUGCCUAAAUACUCUAAACAUUCCACUUCUUUUAUUUAAUGAUUGUUAGAUUUCAUAUUUUGCACUUUUUUUUUCACAACCACACAUUUUUCAAAACUGAUACUUAAUCCAAAAAUUUUACACACACUAUAACAGCACUUUCAAAUUUCUUCUCUACAGUAAUUCACUGUCUUGUCAUACUGUUACUCUUCUUAGUACCUUAUGUGUUACCAUGUUAAACAUUUGAAUUUUUGCCAUCUGUAACAACAGUCUUUACAUGUGUAAUUCCUUCCAAAUUUCCUCUCUCUGUAUACUGUGAUAUGCACCUUGAAGAUAAAUAAAAACCAAACAGGAAUCUUUGCCAAA